AUGGAUCAAGAUUCAAUCCCCUCACCCGAGAUAGCCAGUGGCUCAGGCUACAGCAUCCCGUACAAGCUAUACCUCCAUUGCACAGCCUGGGUAUUAAGAAGAUCCAUUGCAUUUUUGACUGGGUCUGGCAAGCUCUUCGACAAGACUCUGACGGUGCCGACUCCUGGACUGGGGGAAGGUUAUGUCAACAUUGCGCUUUGCAUUCCGCAUAAGAACCACGACGCCCAUCAAGGUCCCUGGCCUCUUCUCUUGGUCGCGGAGGGAGGUGGCUUCAUUUUGGGCCAGCCUUCUGAUGGAGAACAUAUUGAUCGAUUCUUAGGUGACAAGCUCUACGAAGUCCUCAAAUGGGCACUUGCUCCUGCCGCCGAGGAAAUCCUCGGCGUGAGCAUUGAUCCAGCGCGUGUCGCGGUCAUGGGCAACUCUGCCGGCGGCAACCUGACGGCAAGUUUGUCGCUGCUCUUAUCAUUUACCUCCGGGCCUUGCGUUGCCUUCCGGCAAGGUCUACCACCAAACUUCCGCCAGGUUCUUCAAGUGUUAGUCUACCCUAGUGUUGAUCUCAGUCGUGGUUACGACAAGCGUUUCGGAGACAGUGACAAGGAGACCCAAGCUUCGAGUCUGCCGUGUUGGGCUGCGACAAUGAUGGAGGCAUCGUAUUUACCUCCCUACAUUGACAAAUCUCAAGUGUUUGUUUCACCAUUAUCUGCCGAAAUUCCCCUUCUUAAGUCUCUUAAGCCUCCUUCGGCCAUCGUGGUGACCGCGGGGAAGGAUUGUUUAAAAUUGGAGGGCAGGAAAUACGUGGAGAAUAUAAGAAAAGCGGGUGUCAGUGUGGAGAGCCGUGAAUACCCCGAAGCCAUCCACGGAUUCAGCCAUUACCAAGAGGGCAGCAAAGACUUCAGGAAAGAGGACGUCCGAGACUGUUGGGAACGGAUAUCCAAGGCACUCGAGAGGAGCUUCCAGGAUUGA